AGUACCUCAGACAAUCCAAACACACUCAAGAUUAGUACCAAUGGCAUCAAGUGAAGACAGCGACUAUUACAAGCUCCUCGGCGUGAGCCGCGGUGCCACGCCCGAGGAAAUCCGCAAAGUGUACCGGCGGCUCGCCCUCCUCCACCACCCGGACAAGAACCCGGGCAGCGUGCGGGAAGCGACGGCAAAGUUCCAGCGUAUCCAGGCCGCCGUGGAGACGCUCUGCGACCACAGGAAGAGGGCCGUGUACGACAGAGAGUUACGCCAGCGAGAGAGCAAGAGGAAGAGGGGCGACAGCUGCAGGCAGAGGGAACACAAGAGGAAGAGGGAAGAAGGGCGUCAAGAGGAGACCUAUCACCGAGAACAGCGGAAGGACAAGUGGAGAAGGAAGCAGGGAGAAGAGAGGCGGAAGAGGCAUCAGAGAAGGCGGCGACGGCAAGGAACAAGCUACCGAAGUGACGAUGACGACGAAAACAUGCAAGAUGAAGUUCCUGAGGAAGAGAGCAACGAGGAAAACGAAUGCACGGAAGAGAGUUCUGACGAGGAAGAGGAACGCGCGCACCGGGCGUAUGAACACGACUCAGAUUACGAGGCGGAGAAGGAUGAAGGCUCCGGUUCCUGCAGCGACUACGAGUCAGAGGAAUCGUCUGAGCUGGAGACUCCAUCUGAGGAAGAAUCUGAGCCAGAGUCUUUCCACCAGCAAGACUCCGACUACGAUCCCGACUCCGAGGCGACGAGUGACUCUUCCAGCGACGAAGAGUCAGACGUUGAGGCCGAGAGCGAAUCCUCCUCCGAAGACGACGAGGAGGAGGAGGAGAAGAAGGAGGAGGAAGAGGGGGAAGAGUGGACAGAACAUGAAAAGGAGAAAGCGUCUGAAAAGGAAGAUCAUGCUGAAGAUCGGCCCGAGAAGAGGCAUGACAAAAGAAAGAAAGAGGAUGAGGAUGAAGAAGAGUUUAGACAACGUGAAAAGAAAAUGAGGAGAGACAAGGAAGAGUCCGAAGACGAAAGAAAUGAUGAGGAAGAGCGGCACGAAAAGAAACUUGAGAAAAGGAAGAGACAAGACGAAGAUGAAGAAGAGUUUAAACAACGUGAAAAGAAAAUGAAAGAUGAUGACGAUGAAGAUUUCGAAUACAAAGUGAAGGAAGAAGAAUCAGAAGAGAAAGAGAAGGAUAAAGAAUCAGAAAACAAAGCGAAGGAUGAAGAAUGGGAAGACAAAGAGAAGGAUGAAGAAUGGGGAGACAAAGAGAAGGAUGAAGAAUCGGAAAACAAAGAGAAGGAUGAAGAAUCGGAAAACAAAGAGAAGGAUUCAGAAUCGGAAAACAAAGAGAAGGAUGAAGAAUCAGAAGACGAAGAAAAUGUCGAUGAGUUUAAAGACGAAGAAUAGGAUGAAAACUGCGAAGAAGAAGAGAAGGAAGAAGAGUCUGAAAACAAAGAUGAGAAAGAGGAAGAAUCCGAAGAGGAAUACGUGGAAGACUAAGAAGAAGAGGAAGAUUCCAAA